AUGAGCGCAGCAACAGCGUCGAAAGCAGCGCCGGCGGCGGCAUCGGUGGCAGCAUCGGCGGCGCCCCGAGUGCUGUACCGCGGACCGCCUGGCAUGAAGAGGGCGCUCUACUACUUUAUCGGCACCGUCUUCACCGGAGCAGGAUGCUAUCAGGGCUUCCUGCUCACGCAGCACCUCAGCUGGCCCAUAUUCACGCGCGAUCCUGAAAAGACCAAGCUGGCACCGCCAAUGCUUCGAUACGCAGCGGGUACGGCUGUGGCCGUGACGGGCGGCGGACUCGGACUCUUCUUCUUCUGGACGCCAUCGAGGCUUGCGACGCGAGUGACCCUGUAUCCAGCCUUGUCACAGAUUGGCAUUCGAACAGCAGCGCGGCCGUUUCGUGCGUUCCUGCCUCCAUCGAUGCGAUCCAAGAGGAGCGCACCGCUCAACGAUCAGGACCUUUGCGAACGCUUCCACCCGCUCGAUGCUCUCUACCGACGAGAUCGGACAUCAGCUGUCGAGAUUGAACAGUUUGCACAGGGCAGGGGAAGACGAGUAGCAUCGGCCAAGUCGGGCACGCGGCAAAAGGUGCCCUCGUCGAUUCUGCUAGGGGAAGACGUUACUUUCGGAUACCAGCUCGAAGCUGCACCGACACCGCUGUUCGAAACCAAGGCCAAGAAUCUGUACACGCAAUACUGGUCGCGCUUCAAGCUGAGUCUGCGAGGAGAGACCGACUGGUCACCCGUUGCAGGUGGUCAUGCUCUCACGCAGACGGAAACGUCGGCCAAAGCUCAACUGGAUCCCAAGGAUCCCUGGUUCAUGGAUCGCAGCAACUUUGACAGGCUGUUUCCGGUGCGAGACUUUGGCACCAAUAAGUGA